CAACCGGGUCUUCCAUCGAGAUAUAGUGACCACGAACGAUAAUCCCUUCGUCCAUCGAUUUGUCUUCUUCCUUCCGCCGCAGCUAGCGUCGCCGGUAUCUCUACUGCUCUCCACUCGCCGGCCUUCCGCUUUCUCUAUCUCUCUGUCUCCAGUCCUUACCGAGCAACAUACGUUUGAUCAAGACCAUUGACUGUACAUUGCGAAAAGCAUGACAUCUUCAGCUCGAGCUGUGCUUGAGGACUUUUCAACAUCUGCAGGCAAACUUGACAAAUCUGAAGGUCUUGAAUUUGUUUGGGGUAAGAAGAGAGGAGUUGGUGGAAAGAAAAGGGAGGUUCAGUUUUAUGAUUCUUUUGAAUAUGAUGGCGUUCAGUAUGCACUUCAUGAUUGUGUGUAUAUGCACAAAGAAGGUGAACCUGAGCCAUACAUUGGAAAACUUAUCAAAAUCUGGGAAACUGCAGAUAAGUCCAAGAAAAUUAAGGUUCAGUGGUUUUUCCGACCUUCAGAAAUUUUGUAUCAUAUCAAGGAUCAACAUUUCAUGGGGAAUGAAAUAUUUCUUGCCUCUGGUGAAGGGAUUGGCCUCUCAAAUGUCAACCCACUGGAAGCAAUUGCCGGAAAAUGCAAUGUUGUUUGUAUAUCCGAGGACACCAGAAACUGUCAACCUUCUGAGGAAGAACUUAAGGAGGCUGAUUAUGUAUUCUACAGGGUGUUUGAUGUUGCAAGAUUUACCUUAGAUGACAUAGGCGACACAGUUGGUGGUCUGGAAGUUAGGUUUGUGUUUAACAGAAAUGAAAGUGAAAAGGCCAGUCAGAUUAUAAAACUUUCUUCUGAACAGAAUAAAGAUACACAUGCUAGGGUGCAGCUUAAUAUGCAGAAGACAUGUAAUGGAUUGAAAAUUGAAAUGGGUGAUCCCAAUUCAAGAUGUGUAGCCUUGAAGAAAAAUGAACUUGAUGUAGUGCAUGGAGAUGGAAAUGUUAUCUUGAAAGAGCUAGAUUCAACAACUGAAAUAAAGCCUACUGUUGUGGAGCAAAUAGACAGCAUAGCGGUGAAUGAAGUUAUCCUGGAAGAGGAUAUCUCUGCAGACAAGACAGCUUGCAAUGAAGACAAGAACAUGGAUGGUGAUACUUCUACUAAGCCACAUAUGAUUGUGGUGGGUGUUGAUGAAAGCACAAACAAUAUGAAAUGCUUUGGUGCUUCAGAUAGUUGGGCUUCAAGUCGUGUAAAACAUGCUUCUGUCGUGCCCUUGGAGUACAAGGACUCGAGCUGUAAUAAGAGGUCAAGCCUGAAUGACACAAAACCUCAAGUUAGAGGUGUCACUACCUCUCCACUUAAGGAAAAAACUGAUAAAGAGAAGGAUCACUGUGAGCUGGUCAAGGAUGUAAAAUCUAUAAAGGAUUCCAUUCCAGAUUUAGAGAGGCCAUGGAAGAAGGCCAAGAUAGAUUUCUCUGCUAUAUCUGAAGAUAAGAACAAAAGUAAUGUUCAUAAACCAGAUGCUAGGUCUGGAGAGAAUGAGGACAAAGUUAUACCAAAAGCUGUGGAUUCUUGUCAAGAAAAGAUUUCUAAACCUUCUAAAAUUUGUGCUGGAUUGGACAAUAACUCUAACAAGGAAAUUCUUAGCCCAAAUGGCAGCAAAUGUCUGGUCAAACCUGCCCCCCCUACAGAAGUAAACACUAAGAAAAGAAACGACGAAGUCCCACAUUCUUGUGGGUUGGGCAAUGAUGACAAGCCUGGAAAAUAUUCCAAUGUUGGAGAAGAUAGAACUUCAAAGAAGGCAAAGAUUGAUGUUUUUGAUAAAAAAUCUAUUGAUGGGAAAUUUAAUUCUCAAAGGCCUAGUAUCAAGCACAUAGAGGAUGAGGGAAAUGUUUUGUUAAAGGCCACUAACUCCUUUAAAGAGAGGGCUAUACUUCCUAAAUCCAUCCAUGGGUUCAAUGAGGGCCUUACAAAAGCUAGAUCUUCUAUGAAACCAAACAAGCUCUCUAUUAACAACAUCUCGUCAUUGGGUGGCACUUCUACAAAUCUAAUGGAAGAGUUGCAUGACAAGGCCAUUGAAGUGACUCCAAGACAUGUCGAGUCAAUAACAUGGUUCAAGGAACUUUCGUGGGAGGAAAGAAUGCAAACUGCAAAUGACCAAGGGACACUUGUGCUACUCCGAAAUCUGGAUCCUGUGUACAUCUCAGUAGAAGUAGAGGAUAUAAUUUGGUAUGCAUUUAAAGAGAAAUGUUCAGCAAAAAUGAUCCAGCAUAGUGCUUUCUCUAACCCUAAUAUUGGACUUGUCAACAACAACAAGCAACAUUAUAAAGUCCCUAAUAUUGGUCAAGCAUUGGCUAUUUUUAAAACAAGAGAUGCAGCGGAGAAGGUCAUAAGAAUGUUAAAAAAUAGAUACCUAUUGGUGUCAGAACAAAGGCCACUUGUUGCUGACAUUAUUGCACUUCCCAAAUCCCAAAGAAGCUCUUCAUUUGUUGGCCAUCUUGUGAUUGAUAAAGUUAGACAUCAAAUGCAAAGAGAAAUGAAAGAAGCUGUAUCUACAUCUCACUGCUCUCAACCCAACACCAUUGAAUAUGAAAUGGCCAUGGAGUGGCGAUUACGGCAGUCUCGAUCUGAAUUCUGCUGGAAGACGCUGCACAAGCAACAGGGAGACGAGCUCAGAAAAGCCGCUGCUAAAUUGAAGACAUAUUAAAACUGUAUCAUAGUUUCCUAUGGUUAGUGUUGAACGUUCUACAUCAUUGCUUGCAAGUUACACUGGGGGGAGUUAGACUAGUAGCGGCGCCGUCCAAGUGAAGGUAGAGCUUUGACUGUAUGAAUAAUGGUUCUAUGUCGAUAUAUCCUUUUGUUGCAUGUAAUUUUUUUCCAGGGAAGCAUUGUUUUGGUUUUGGUAGGAGUGUAUCAAACCUGAACGUGUCUUGUUAUAUAGCCGAGCAUGAGUCAUGCACAUCCCAAACAGUUAAGCGAACCCCGUGCAUGAUGAGAUGAGAUGUUUAAAUGUGUUUAUGUUACUCUUGUUACAUCAAGUUUUUUUUGGUUUGAAGGGGGGUAGCUUAGUUUGAUCAGUACAAAGACAAUAAAAAUACUCCCUUCGU